AUGAACCCAAAUUCUUGGAAUUAUAAUUAAGAUCUUGAUGUGAUGCAAACUUCUUAAUAAACAAAUUAAUAAGAUCCAUUAAACCUUAUGUAAUAGAUAAAAAAUUAGAUUGACUAAUGUCCUCAUUAUAAUAUUGCACGAAUAAUUUCCUUUAAACUCAAUCCUUAAAUAAAUUUAGUAGAAUCAUAAAAUGAAUAAUGCGAAUCAACUUUGUCCGAUCUUUUUCAAUAAAGGAAAAGUUUUUGGUUUACUAAAGAUGAGAUUUAUAAUAUAAUUGGUUAAAUAGUUUAAGGAUAUAUGCAAUUAAUUUAUUUAAAAAUAACACAUAGAGAUUUAAAUCCUAAUACUUUAUUAGUCAAACGUAUUCCAUAAACAAAUCAUAUUUAAAUUAAGGUUUAAUUGAAACUAAUCAUAGAUCUCUGAUUUUGGAGCUGCAUCUUAUUAAGAGUAAACAAUGUAUCAAAAAAGUGGAACUCCAUAUUAUUAAGCACCUGAAAUGAGCUCUAAUUGUGGCUAUGAUAAUUAAUGUGAUGUUUAUUCUGUAAUAUUUAUAAUUAAUAGAAUUAGCUUGGAUUAAUUUUGUAUUAAAUGUGUUUCUAAAACAAAUACCAUAUUAAUCCUCUUACAAUGUAGGAACUUUAAAAAUUUAAUUAAUAAAUCAGAACUACUAAAUUUAAAAUUCAAGACCCCUCAAUUGAUCCUGCCUUAAAAUAAUUAUUAGAAAGAAUGAUAGUAUAUAAUCCUAAAGAAAGAAUUACUUGGCUUGAGUUGGCAAAUUUGCAAGUUUUGUUACCAUAAUUCUUAAUUCUCUAAAAUAAAUAAAAAUAAGAAUAAUAUUAUUUAGAUUUUUCAAAAUCAUUAGGAAGAGGUAACUAAGGAGCAACAUUUCUAACUUAUGAUUUAUUCAAUCCAUAAUUAUAAUAUUGUACUAAGCAAAUUGAUCAAUAUAAUGUCGAAGGACGAAGAGAAUUACAAGCUUAUUAAUUAAUAUCAGAAAAUCAAGAUUGUGAAAAUAUUAUAAGGGUUUAAGAUAUUUGUUAUCAUUAAUAAUAUGCAUAUUUAGUGAUGGAAAAAUGUGAUAUGAGUAUUGAACAAUAUCUAUUAGAUAAGAAAUUCAAUUUAUCCUAAGAGGAAGUCUUAGAUAUAUUAUAUUAGAUUGUUAAAGGCUAUAUGAAAAUUAUUCAAUUGAAUCUUAUUCAUAGAGAUCUUAAACCAUAAAAUAUUUUAAUUUAAUUUAAUUAUUAAUUAAAUAAACCCAUCAUCAAAGUAUUGAUAUUAUAUUUAUUAAAUAGAUAAUUGACUUUGGAGUAGGAAAAGUGUUAGAGUAAUAAUAAUUGACUACUACAUAUGCAGGUACACCUAUCUAUACUGCACCUGAAAUCAUUUUCCAUAAAGAAUAUAAUAAUUAGUGUGAUAUUUUUUCUGUAUUUAUUAUUUAUAUCACUAGUUAGGAGUAAUGUUGUAUCAACUAGUUUAUAAUGGUUAAAAUUAUUUUUAACGUGAGCCUAAUUCAAUAAAUGAUUUAGAAAAAAUACUUAAAAACCUUGAAACCUCACCAUUAAAUUGUCCUAAGCCACACAAAAAUGUAAAUAUUUUUAUUUUAUUUAAGUUUACCAAUGAUUUGCUUUCUUUAAUUGAUUAGAUGUUAAUCUAUGAUCCCAAUAAAAGAAUUAGUUGGUAAUCAUUAAAUUAAGAAAUUAUAAAUAUUAGUAAUGGUAAAGGUAGUACUUACAUUUAGCCCAAAUAAAUUAAUUAAAAAAUUAAACUUAUAUCUAAAACAAAUAAUUCAGACAUCUAAUCAUAAUAAAAUCAAUUAUAAACAUAAUAACCAUAAUCAUAGCAAUAAUAAAUUUAAAUACCAGAAUAAUAAUCUUAAUUUACAUAUGAACCUUAAUCAUAAUAGCAAAUGUUAUUGUUUUAAUAAUAAUAAUCAUAAUAAUAGUAAUUUUAAUAGUAAUAAUUAUUGUUACCUCAGUAAUAAUAAUAAGCUUUAUAAUAAUAAUAGUAAGAAUAAUAAUUAUUACAAUUUUAAUAACCUUAAAUACUGUAUUAAUCAUAAUCAUUAAUAUUUUAAUAAUCACAAUCAUAAUUACCAUAAUAAUCAUAAUCAUAAAUACUGUAAAUACCCUAAUAAUCAUAAUUUUAAUCAUAAAUACGAUAAUCAUAAAUAUAGUAAAUACCAUAAUAAUCAUAAUCAUAAAUACUGUAAAUACCCUAAUAAUCAUAAUUUUAAUCAUAAAUACGAUAAUCAUAAAUACAGUUUAUACCAUAAUAAUCAUAAUCAUAAAUACAGUAAAUACCAUAAUAAUCAUAAUUACCAUAAUAAUAAUCAAUGCCACAAUAAUAAUAACUUUAAUUUACAAAAUAAUCUAAGCAACAACAAUAAUUAUAAUAAUAGCAGCCAUAAUAAUAGUAAUUUUAAUAAUAAUAAUCUUAAUAAUAAAAACCAGAGCAAUAGUAAUUCAGUAUAAAAGAAUAAUCUAAAUUUUAAUAAUAAUAAUAAUUACCAUUUCCUAACUCAAUCUAAUAAUAGAGUGAGUAAAAUUAAGGAUCCUAUAGAAAUAAAAUAACAACAAUGCCCUCAACUGAAUAAUAAUUUCCCCCGCCAAUAUCUAAUCAAUUUUAAUUUAAUGCCCAAUAAAAGCCACCCAAUCCUAAACAACCCACAAAUGAUAAUUCCGAAAUAACCAAGUAACAAAACUCUAUAUUUCCUAUUAAUAAUAACAGCUAACCUCAAAAAAUCAAUUUCACAACGCCUAACUAAUAACCAAGCAGCCUACCCAUAUAAUAGAUUUAAAAUGCGAUACCAUAAACCCUACCAAUUUUUUAAGCUAAUAAUUAAUUAUAAUCAGAACCUUUAUAGAAAAAAAUUUAGUCUUAUAAAUAAAACAAUUAAGAAGAUAAUAUAUCAUUAUAAAUUAAUCAAAAAUAAAAUCCUCCAUUAUAUUUGAAGAAUAAUUUCCAAUAAAAUAAUAAUAGUAAUAUUAUUAAUAAUAAUAAUAAUAAUAAUAAUAAUAAUAAUAAUAAUAAUAAUAAUAAUAAUAAUAAUAAUAAUAAUAAUAAUAAUAAUAAUAUUAAUAAUAAUAUUAAUAAUAAUAAUAUUAAUAAUAUUAAUAUUAACAAUAAUAAUUAAGCAUUAGUAGAUUAAAAAAAGUUAAAAUAAAACAACAAUCACUUUAUUCUAGAUAAAAGUCAGAAUGAAGGUUAACAACGAUAGGUUUCCUUUUAAAACACAAACAAAAAUCUAUUUUAAUCUAGAUCAACAAUGAUUCCAUAAAUGAAUUCAAAUUCAUUUUAAAAUGAGAAAGAAGAUGCUACUAAAAUUAAUUUUUAAUAAAUAAAUAAAUAAUAAUAAUUUGGUAGUAUUCAAUCUUAAUCAUCUGAUUAAAUAGGUGAUAGCUAAAAAAGAAGUGAAAAUUUUAUUGAAGUUGCUUAUAAGGAAUUUAAAAAAAAAAAUAGCAUAUUAGGCAGUUAACCAGCAUAUUUAGGUUAUUAUUUAUGCAUUCUUUACUUCAAGCUAAUUAUAAUUCAAAAGUAAAAUACAAAAAAUAUUUUGUUUGAAAAAACAACUUAAGAUGAUAUUUAAGAAGUAAAAAAGAUGAUUUCAUAUGUUGAUAAAAAGAAUACAAGACUGAAAGAUUUAACAGAAUUAACAACAAUAUAAACUUAAUUCUUAAAAUAAGAAGCUAUUCUAAAAUAUUAUGAAAAUUAUAAUGCCAAUAAUAGAGAUAUUUUAGAAGAUUAUGAUAAAACUAAUCAAGAUUAUAAGUAGUUGAAUGACAUUAUUCGUUAAUUGCAUUAAUAACUGAAUAAUGAAUUCUAAUUCUAAAAAAACUAGCCCCCGUCAUAUGGAUUUUUUAAAAAUCCAAAUGCUUGAUAUCUG